UACCUUUAAAAUAUAGAUCAAAUUAAAAAAAGCAAACAUAGCGACCUCAAAGAGAUCGUGAGAUGUUAUUUGAUUUUAAAAAUAAACAGGUGAUUGUGUAUGGAAAUGAAUUUACAGACCCUAUUCCAGGAUUUUAAUCCUAGCAAAUUCGUCGUACAUACUUGUUUGUUGAUAUUCACGGCACUAUUGGCAUUAAAAUUGGAUAACACUAUAACUUGGUCUUACUGGGCAGUCUUCACGCCUAUAUGGACAUGGAAAUUCUUGGUUGUUCUUGGUGCUACAGUUGGUACAUAUGUUUGGUGGCAGUAUCCGCAUUUCAGAUUGGAAGGUGAAGCCUAUAUUCACUAUAAAGCAAUGUUAAUAAGCCUUGCUAUACAUUUGAUUCUCCUUAUGUUUGAGCUACUUGUAUGUGACCAGUUAACAACAACUCGCCAUGUUUGGAUACUUGUCUUUAUACCAUUAAUUUUUAUAAGCAUAGUUUCAAUAGCCAUCUGUAUAUGGUGUGUGAAACAUGAUCGUAGCUAUGAGUUGGAGUUGUUCUGUGCUGUAAAUAUACUUCAAUUCAUAUUUCUGGCAUUGAAAUUGGACGACUUCAUCAAUUGGUCCUGGGAGGUUGUAUUUGUGCCGCUAUGGAUACUCAUGUGUCUGAGCCUAGUAGGUGAGUGGGUGCUAUACAGUAUAAUAUUCGCUGGAAUUCUGCUACGCACGCCUGAGGUGAACAUACAGCAACGACGGACCAGUUUCAACUCUGCUUUGGCUUAUACUUUCACUGUUAUACCCAUAUUAGUGUUUCAGGUCUUGCUGACGAACAAACUCGACGAUGGUCUAGACCUCUCAUACAUCGUGGUAGUCAGCCCACUGUUUGUGACAUACGCGACACUCAUUAUCAUGUCUUUCAGUUCUAAAGGAGGAAACAAAUGGUGGUUUGGUAUACGAAAGGACUUUUGUCAGUUUCUUCUCUCAGUGUUCCCCCUCCUACAGGAGUAUGCAAACAUUGCAUACAAUAAUAAUGCGAAUAGAGGGUCGAACGGUAUACCCGCCGAACCUCCUGUCACUCAAGAGCCGUACAGAGACGAGGAGGCUCACAGAAAAGUAAAAGAGAGCAAAAAAUCUCAGAAGAAUCAAAAGAAGAAUGAAGCAAUGAAACCAGUUGUGCCUGUGACCAGUAUAGAUAUGCCGGAUUGAUGUUUUAGUAAAUUGAAAUCGGUUCGAAGUGCUGGAAUGUGUGUUCACUUGAUAGAAAUUUAUCCUUUGUAAAUAUCGAGCUUCUAUGUGUAAAGCAAUACAAAUUGUUAAGUUUUAUUAGCAUUAGGCUAUUACGUUUGUGUAGGAAAUAUCAUUGGAUAUUAAAAAAAUAUGCAUUGUUUAUCAUCGUUUUCAAGUAUACGUUUUUUUUCCUCAUUACUAAUCGUAUGUGUAAAUGAAGCAAUUGGUACAUUUGUAACUAAUCUUACUUUAUUUUUAAUUAUGACAGAUAAGCUCAAAUAACCGAACGGUUUUGUUGUUUUUUUUUUUUUAAUCUUGUUGUUAUAGUGUAAAUAGUGUGGGGACUUAUCGUUUAUCAGAUUGAUUUGCAUGUGCAAAAUGUACAUAAAAAAUAAUUUAAUAUAUAAUGGUCUACAUGUGUAGUGGUAGAGGUUAAAAAUAGUAAUCGCGUGUGUGUUGCUUAUUAUAUUUCACUUCAUUAGACGUUUAUAUUAAUAGAAUAACUGUAAAGACACUAAUUACCAAUAACCCAUACCUUAUUACUAAUACUUUUCAAACUAGAACUAUACGUUCAGCAAAUUGCCUUUAUUAUGUAAAUAAUCUUCUUAUUUUAAUUCAUUAACAGUUUAUGUAACUCUGAUCAGAGUCGGAUUAACUGAUUAGGAUUUAAUCUGAACACUCAUUGCAUCUCGCUCAUCAGUUAAUCCAAUCAUACAGACAAAGGUGGUGAAUGUCAAAAAAAAACUAAUGUGUUACUGCUGUCUCUUACUCUUCGACGGCAAUUCUAAAUUCUAAUAUUGAAUACAAAAAUAUUUUUACACUUGUAUGAAACACGUGGAUUUAAAAAAAUAAUAUAUCAGGCUAAAAUUUUGUUAUCUAAAAAUUUUGUGUGAUAUGUUUUAAAAGUCAUGACGUAAUAGUGUAUCAUAAACGUGUGAUAUGAUACAAAUAUCAAUAUUGACGAGCCGGUUGGCGUGGUUGGUAGAUACUUGCUUUCACGCUGAAGGUUGUGGGUUCGAUUCCCACCCAGAACAGACGUUUGUAUGCAUAAACAUAUCUGUUUGUCCUGAGUCUGGGUGUAAUUAUCUAUAUAAGUAUGUAUUUACAAAAGAAAAGGAGUAUAUGUAGUAUAUCAGUUGUCUGGUUUCCAUCGUACAAGCUCUGCUUAGUUUGGGAUCAGAUGGCAAUGUGUGAAUAAUGUCCCAGGAUAUAAUUAUGAUUAUUAUUAAUAAUGAGUUGCUGUGGCAUACCCACAGUUGGCAUUAUGUUAUAUAACGCAGGUCUGUCAUUGUUCUACAAUGAUCGAAGUAAGUUAAACUACACAAGCAUAAAUAAAUCCCAAUGUGACAUUUAUAAUCUGUUCCGAAAUUCGAUUUGUAAAAAUGUUUUUACAAUUGAAGAGACGAGACGAGUGUUUUUAGCGCACCUUCUCCGCGAGAGUUUUAACUGUGCUUAAAUUACAAUAUCAACUUGAAAUUCUCUACACUUAAGGCAUUUUUUUAAAUAUUUAUCACCUUAUAUAAAUAAAUAAAUGGUCAUCUAAUACCUCACUGACUAGUUUAGGACCACAAGGUUACAUCUGUGUUAUAUAUCCAUAUCAUAUAAUAAUAAUAUUUUUCCAUAAUUAGACUUAUGUUGUAGAUUCUAAAACAUUUUUCAACGAAUGAAUUUUUUUAAAACAUUUUUUAUUUCACACUUUUCAUGUGAUGAUCCGAUUCGAUUUCAAUUGUAGAGAAUUAAAGCGUAAUAAUAUAUCGUAUUUUUUUUAUCUGUACGAAGUACUAGAUUUAAUCUAAAUUGAUUCAUUAAUAUUAUAUAAUAUACGAAGUUGUCUUAAAUUCCAUGAAGAUGAUAUUUUAUUUAAUUUAACAUUAUAUUUUCAAUGUUCCGUGUUGUGUUGUGUUAGGUAACGAAAAAUUUACAAAUUUUUUUCUUCUCUAAUAUAGUUUGAUUGUAUCAUUCAAUUUGUCCUUUGGAACGAGGAAUGGUGGCGGCUAGUGUGAUGUCGUAAUCCUAUAUCUCUACAUGAAUGAACUAAAUAAAUUAGGCGCCGUACCUGCAUCACAAAUGAGUCUUUUUGGGUUUCCAAAUACUUUAAAUGUUCUCAUUGAUAACAAUUUUUUUUUAGUACUUAUGAAAGGCUAUUAAUAAAUUAGGCUACCAAUAAAUUAGAAUAAAGUUGAGUCGUUUUACGAUUUUUUCAUUAAUUUUUGCCGAUUUCUUGUCAUGCUUAUAGUAUGCCAUCUCUAUUUUAAACUCUCAAGUUUCAGUUGUCAGAUUUUAUGGCUAAUGAUUUAGGGCAUUACUUAUAAACGUUGCAUAGAGGUUGUGUAGUUAAACACUGAUUCUCUCUUUUUGACAUCAUCGAUUUGAUAUUCGGAAGAAGAAGACAGCAUUGUUUAACGAAUCACUAGCUUAAUAACAUUUAUAAGUAAGGAUAAUUGAACACAAGUAGUGCUAUUUAAGCGGAAAUAUUUUUCGAUGAUUGUGUAUUCUUCUUAAAUGAAAUGUUUACAAUUUUAUUAAAGUUUAAAUUACAUAGCAGCGAAUAAAAUCACUUUUAAAGUUAAAAAAAAAUCAGUCUGUCUAUGUCUAAAAAGAUUUAAGGUCACAUAAAAUUUUAAUCAAAAAUUUUUUUUUGGUAAUAGACAAGCGUUCUUUAUGUAAAUUAUAUUACCGAUCUAUAGAUCAAAAGGUACGCGUAUGGUUAAAUAAAAAACUAAACUAAAGCUUUUAUGAUUUCGUGACUAACUUCAAUCUAUAAUUUACAAGCUCUCCAAACAUGUAGUUUAUCAUUUUGAUGGAUGAACAUGAAAAAUGAUCACGAAUGCAUUUUCAUUGUUACGAUACGAAAUUGAGAAACGGACUUAUCUGUUUUGGAAAAAAAAAUAUUUAGACACAUUUAGUUUUAUCAAUGAGUUAAUCUGUUUAUAUACUUUUCAUUAAAGAAAGCAAUUACAUUUCUUAUAUGGAAAUAUAUUUUUUAUAAAGUAAAAGUUAAAGAUAGAUAAAAACGGCAAUUUUAUUAUUUUUUCUACUUAUAUGUAACGUUUGCCAGAUAUUUGAAAACUAUUUGUUUUCAAAUAUCUGGCAAAUUUAGGUCGUCAGCUUACUUCAUCAAACAAUGAGAAAAUUUUCUAGUAAUCUAUAAUGUAUAUAUAUAAAAUACAGUAUAAUGAAAUGGCGGCUUUCUUUAAGAUAUGUAACUUCUUUAGGUAAUUGGGCUCUCACUAUUUUUUUAAUAUUCUGUUAUGUAUGUGUACACCGUUUUUAUAUUUGAAUUUAACUUAUAGCUUCAAAUAAUAUUUCAGCAUUUUGGUUUAUACUUUGGGAGACAUAUAUGUAAAAUAUUAUUGUAUAUAUAUUGUAUUGAAUAUAUGUUAUAGAGGGGUAAUCGACUGGUGGAUUAUUGUAUCAAAGGGUGCUUUUCGAUUUGUUUUGUAAUUAUCAUCAAAUAAAUCAUGUAAUUUAUUUACAGUCAAAAGUAAAUGAAUACGAAUUAAAGAUUAGAUAGCAAUUAAGCAUCGACUGUACUUGAUAUAAAUUGUUCAUGAAAUUAUGUAAAGUAGCUGUUAGAGAUCGCAAUAUAAAUAUUGUUAAUAGAGUGUAGAUGUAUUUGUAUAGUUGUACAGAUAACGAAGAGAUAUUUAUAUUGUAACAAUAACUUGUUUACUGUGAUAUAUUCCUCCUAAUGCUGCUUUGCAAUACUGUAUGUACGAUUAGCAAAUUCAUUUGUUAAAUAGUAACAUUUAUUUAUUGUUCGUGAAUAAAAAUACUUGUACAAUAUAAAAGUC